AUGGCGCGCACAGAUGAGGCAGAACACUGGUUCAACGCCGUCUACGAAGCCGUCCAAGAGAUCCCCCUCGGUUCAGUAACAACAUACGGCCACAUAGCGCGUUUAUUAGGAUAUCCUAGACGAGCCCGCCAAGUAGGCAUCUGCCUCAAGCAUCUUCCCUCAAACCGCACUAAUCGCACCUCCGCUGCUGAUGGUGCUGGCGAUGAUGAGUCAGGGCAAGAAGAAGAUGAAAACGACGAGCAAGGAGAGAUAUACCAUCAUUUCCAUGAUGAUAAUGUCCCCUGGCAGAGAGUUGUGAAUUCUAGGGGCACGAUAUCGCAUCGAGGCCCAGGAAGCGCAUCUAGACAGGCUAUUGCGUUGAGACAUGAGGGUGUCACAGUCGAACAGGACGCGAUGGGGGAUUUCUAUAUUGAUAUGUCACGGUAUGGAUGGUUUCCGGCGCGGUUGCCGAGUGAGGAGGGGGAGAGUGAGAGUGAUUCUGAUAGUGACGGAGAAGGAAACUCAUAG